AUGAACAAAAGAGACCAUACAUCACCAAAAGCAAAAAGCCAGUAUGAGUUUAGCACGAACACUUAUAAGCAGAAAAUGAGUGUACUUAAAGAGAGAGAUAAUUAGGAGAGUUAAAAUGAGGAUUAUUUCAGCCCCUAGCCAUUCGAGUUUCACCCCUACCUUUCAUAUGGAGCUAGACACUGAAGCCACCAAGGCUCUUUUUCUCAGGGUCACAUCGUUUGUCUGACUGGAGAGUCACCAAACCUACUUGGACUAAAUUUUCAGCAUAGGAUUUCUUACUCCCCCCCCCCUCCGUGAGCGAACAAAAAAAUUUUUGUUCGCUCACGGAGGGGGGUUAAUUUUUAUUUUUUAAAAAAAAAUAUAUAUAAAUUUUUUAAUUGUAAAAUAAUAUUUUUUUAUAAGUUGAAAAUUAUUUUAAAAAUAUUAUGGGGGGAGAGUAAGGGAAUUUCCCAAAAAAAAAAGAAUACCAUUUGAUUAAAGGUAAAACACAGCUUAAUUUUUCAAUAAUUUAAUAAUCAAUAAAGCUAUUAGUAAUAAAUAUAUGCAUUCAGUUAAAAUAUUUUAUAUAUUUUCUUAUUUAAUAUAAUAAGCAAAUUCUCUAUAAAUCAUAAUAUAAAAAUGUACAAAGGGAAAAGAAAGUACAUUGAAAUUUGGCAGAAAGUUGAAAUUGCUGAAUUUUACAUUCAACACCAAAAUGAGAUGAGCAUGAGAGAUGUUGCUGCAAAAGUUUCAUGUCAACUCCUUUAGCUCGAUUUCCGAAUGGGUUGAAUAAGCUUGAUGAGUUGAAGAAAUCAGUAAAAUCUGAUAAAAAAUUAAAAUUAGAAAGCUUCACUCAAUUUCCAGAGCUAGAGAAAGAACUAGUUCAUUGGUUUACUGCAAUCCGUGAGCAAGGUAUUCAGGUUCUCAGAUCAACGAUUGAGGAGAAAGCAAAAAGUUUGGCGGCAGAAAAUGGGGAUUGGCGCGAUUCGGCUGUGGAGAUAAAUGGUGGCAAGGAUUUAGGACCAGAAAUAAUUUAUCUUUCAGAAAAAUCAAUGCCUCAAGCAUUAAGCCAAUCGAAAAAGAGGCAGAACUUGUCAGGCAAUACCUAGAUGAUUUAGCGUCAUUGCUUCCUCAAUUCGUUCCAUCUAACAUUUACAAUUUCGAUGAAACGAGAUUUGAUUGAGAUAUAAAAAAAGCAAGUUCACUUAUGAUUUCAAAGGGAACUCAACGAAUUCUAGGGCGUUCAAUCAGCUAAAAUGAACCAUUUUAUCACUGUUAUGCUUAUGAUUAGAGCUGAUGGAGAAAAAAUGCCUGCUUUUGCUCAUUUUUCAAGAGAAAAAUGGCCAGAUCCCGAACCUUGUAAGAGAAAGACUGAAUAUUCCAGAAAAUGUCAUCAUAAAAUCAAAUAAAUCUGGCUACAUUUCUGACCAGAUUCUUAAUGACUACCUCAGAACAAUAUUGAGACGAGGGAAACCAACUGCUGAUUUAUGAUCAGGCUGGAAGUCAUAAAACUAUCAUGAUUUCUAAUGCAAUUUCAGAUUUAGAUGCAACCAAAAUUGUGAUCCCUGGAGGGUGCACAAAGUAUUUGCAACCACUUGACGCACUGGUAAUUGCAAAUUUCAAAUCAAAAACAACAGAUUUCAGAAUCAAAUUCCAAACAGAGCAGAUUGAAAGAAGAUCGAAAAGAACUGGAAACCUCAAAGCUCUUGAUCGCCAGCAACUGAUAAACAUUGCUUCAAAGGCGUGAGAUGCUGUAAGCCCUCAACUUGUCAGAAAAUCAUUUGAGUUGACGGGUUCUUAUGGCGUUAAUCAUCCAAAGAUUUUCAGCCAUCAAGUUAAUAUGAAGAAGUUAAUUAUCUAAUCGAUUUCUUCUAUUCAUUUUUUUGUCUUAAAUUUAAAAUUGUUAAAUUCAACCUUUUCACUUAUGGUAUUCUUUUUUUUAACCCUUUGAAUAAUAUAUCAAACAAACUUAAUAAUUAUUUUUCAAUAUUAUCCUCUUUAUUUGUAUUAAAUAUAGAUAUAAUAAACUAUAUAUAUAAAAUUAUAUGUAAAAAAAUUUUUUGUUCGCUCACGGAGGGUGGGUUUUUGACCAAAAAAUAGGGAUUUUUCUAAUGGUUUUGUUCGCUCACGGAGGGGGGGGGGAGUUAGCAUCUGGUAGUGGUCAUAGUAUGAGGGAAUCGUCCGAUACCUCCUUCUGGAACUACCUCCGCCAUUUACAGGCAGCAGAAACUCCUCUAGAAAUGUUCGAUUAAUGCUACACCUUCGGUCUCUUGUCUGUGGGCCGAGAUAAACCCUGCCCCGGAGAGUUCCUCCACCUCGAGCCCAUAGCUCCUUCAAAAGCCAGCACAAUUCACUAACCCUUGAAGUUCCAGGCCUUCUCUCGCAGCAACUCCAUUAUGCAGAAAUUCCGCACUUAAAGAAGAAACUGAAAAAAUUAAAAGCUCAGUUGGUUUUGAAUUUAUAACAGAAACAAAAAUUAAUGAACCUUCAAGAAGAAGCCUAUCUCAAGAACCAUAUGAGACUGGAUCUAAGAAAACAGAACUAGCCAAACGUAAAAUUGCUGAUCUCGACCGACAAAUCGCUGAAAUGCAAAGCAAAAUAGCAAAACAGCGAGAAAUGAUAGGCGGAGUAAAAGGGAGCAAAGAAACAAACCUAAUUAUCAACCGAAAAAUCAAAAGCUUAGAAAGCAAACUCGAAAUCUCCCUUCAAAAAUACAAUGAAUCUGUCGCCAAAAACAAAAAAAUUCGUGAUGAAAUCGAUAAAGUCAGAAGAGAAAAAAACUUUUUUAUGAAUAUCUACAAAGAACUCGACGAAGAUAUUAAAAAGAAAAGGGAAGAAAUGAAAGAAAUCGUAGAAAAAGGAAAUAAAGCAAUCAGAGAAAGAGACCAAGCUAAAGAAAAAAUAGAAGAACUCAAGCAAGAAGCUGAAAAAGAAGAAAAAGAGUUUAAUUCUGAUUGGAAUAAUUUAGGAAAAGUCAUUGAAAAAGAAAAACAAAUAAAGGAAACCCAAGACGCGAUUUUAGAAAAAAGAAAAAAUGCUGAGCUGGAAAAUAAAGAAGCAGAGCAAGAACAAGAAUUAAUUAAAAAAAUCACAAAAUUGUCAUGGAAAAUUGCAAAAGAUAAGGCUGCAAUAUUGGUGUCAAGCAGAAAAGUUGAUGAGUAUCAGCUUAUUUGUGAUAAGCUGCAAGAGUAUACUGGAAUAAGCGAUAUUGAAAUGCUAAUUAAGCAGUAUCAAGAGACGAAAGAGCAUAAUAUAACAUUAGGAAAAUAUGUAGAAGAGCUCAAUUUAGACUUAGAAGCAAUAGAAAAUCAAAUUCAAGCUUUAAAAGAUGAGAUUUCUGAAAUAAAAGCAAAAGGGAACAGUUCAGAAGAAAAGAGAAUUCUUGCUGUAAAUGAAUUAGAAAAAAAAUAUUCACAAACUACAAAUAAAACUAGUGACUAUACCCAAAGGUGCGAAGAAAUGACAGAAACCUUCAAAUCAAUUAAAAAUGCAGUUGAUUUAUUAUUCACAAAACUAGGCUGCAAGCCAGAAAGCGAUAGACUUGUCUUAAACGAUGAAGAGAGCUUAAUACAAAAAUUAGGCAUUAUAGAGCAUAGAGCGACUGAAAUUAUUACACUUUUUAAAGAAUGCCAAUCAGAUAAAAGUGAAAUUCCCCAAAACUUCAAAAAAGACCUCAAAAAUUCUCCUAAAAUAGAAUUCACUGCGCCACUUAUGGCAGAAAAGGACCCACAAAUAGAAGACGAGGAUCUAUCUAUCCCACUAUCCUGGGAAGAUUUAAUGCAAAGGAGUCAAAAAAGCUAUAAGACCUUAAAGAAAAAGUAA